CUCUGUCACACCCACAGCAGGUACAGUGUCACCAACCGUGUAAGUUAGCCUUAGUGUGCUUUUAGACUGCACCUUUAAAAUCUUUUGAGUGAUCCAGUAGAGUCUAGGAUUCUUCAUCAGUCUUCUGGGUGACAUAGAGGCCUGCCUGCCCUACCUGUACCUGCCUGCCUGCCCGCUGCAUCUCCUGGCCCAUCAGAAAACACCAGACACCUGCAGACUGACAGAAGAGGAGUCUGGGCUAACUGGACCAGAGGCUAUCAUCACCACUAGUCUGCAUUACACCUGAUGGGGUCCUGUCCUGUCUACCCUCAGCAAUAGUUUCAUCCCUGCCAGAGACCACCCAGAGACCAGCACACUUUGGCCCAGGAGGCAGCAGCCAUGUCGAGUCCGGGGGAGAGUCUAUCAUCAGAGGGCAGCAGCCAGUUGUUUCCGUCACGCCUAGGUCUGCCCGAGAGCAACAUGGGACACAGGACCGGGGCUGGGGCGGACUGGGAGAUGGAGGACAUCAAGCCCUGCAUGGAGGCUCUGGAGCAUCGCGGCCUUCCGGGCCUCUACCUUUCCUGCUUCGACAUGCUCUUUACCGAGGACUCCGCAUGGCUGGUGAAGUUGUCCGAGGCCUCCCCGGGUCUGGCCUGUGCCGUGCCUGUCCCCGUACCCAGGACGGAGCACCGAGAGGAACCAGAGCAGUGCCCUGUCAUCGACAGCCAGGCCCUGGGGCUCUCCCCGGGGCUGGAGGACCAGGAGGGCCAGGAGGAGGAGCGCUCCCUGGAGCAGGUCCAGAGCAUGGUGGUCGGAGAGGUGCUGAAGGACAUCGAGACGGCCUGCAAGCUGCUCAACAUCACCCCAGACCCCAUGGAGUGGAGCUCGGGGAACGUUCAGAAGUGGUUGCUGUGGACAGAGCAUCUGUACAGACUGCCUCAGGCCGGCAAGGCCUUCCAGGAGCUGUCUGGGAAAGACCUGUGUGCCAUGAGUGAAGAGGACUUCAGGCAGAGGUCCCCUCAGUGUGGAGACACUCUGUACGCCCACCUGGACAUCUGGAAGUCAGCUGCCUGGAUGAAAGAGAGGUGUUCCGUUGGAGACAGCAAAAUCACAGGCGGAGAGGAGCUGUGGUUGGAGGCAGACUCGUCGUGCUCAGGACAGCCCAUCCACCUGUGGCAGUUCCUCAGAGAGCUGCUCCUCAAACCCCACAACUACGGACGCUGCAUUCGCUGGCUCAACAAGGAGAAAGGUAUUUUCAAAAUCGAGGACUCUGCUCAUGUGGCGAGACUCUGGGGACGGAGGAAGAACCGUCCAGCGAUGAACUACGACAAGCUGAGCCGCUCCAUACGGCAGUACUACAAGAAGGGCAUCAUCCGCAAGCCUGACGUCUCCCAGAGACUGGUCUACCAGUUUGUCCACCCAGUAUGAGGGGACGGAGGCGGAUAGAGGCCCACAAAGAAAGGGGCACAUGAUCACACCUUGGACUUGUACAUUACACAACCAAGCUGAAAAGGGGUAAAACUAACAAACAAAACUGAGUUGAACACAUGCACUGACCAACCCCUGUAAGUACACAUACCCUUUGCCAGUACUGAAGUGUCAGCUGCCAAAGCUGGCAAAUGAAGAUUUCGCUUUUUUAAC